AUGGAGACUUUCUACAAUGGAUUAAAUAUUGCUACUAAACAAGUAGUUGAUGCUUCCGCCAAUGGAGCUAUUUUGUCAAAGACAUACAAUGAAGCAUAUGAGAUUUUAGAGAGAAUAGCAUCUAACAAUUGUCAAUGGGCCGAUGUGAGAAGCAACCCAGGAAGGAAGACUCGAGGAGUACUUGAAGUUGAUGCUUUGUCCUCUAUCAAUGCUCAACUAGCUUCGGUGACUAAUAUUUUACAAAAUCUAGCGUUGGGGCAAGACUCCAUGAUCAAAGCACCAGUCCAUACAGCUGCUGUAAUUAACCAGACAGCAGCCGAAUCUUGUAGCCUAAUAAAGGAAUAUAUGGCUAAAAAUGAUGCUGCGAUACAAAGUCAACAAGCAUCAUUGCGAAAUUUGGAAGUUCAAGUAGGUCAAUUAGCAAAUGAGUUACGAAAUAGACCUCUUAGUAAGCUGCCAGCAGACACCGAAAUGCCAAAAAGAGAGGGAAUGGAACAAUGUCAAGCAAUAGAGUUGAGAAGUGGGAAAGAAAUACCCAGCAGAGGAGAAAAAAUUAAAGAACACGGUGAUAGUCGCUCUCAAGAAACUGCUGAUACACAGCAGAGAAAGGAGAAAGCCGUUGUGCAAGAAGAGCACAACAAAAAUGAUGCAGAAGCUGCUGUACAGAAAGAACACAGCAGAAAUUAUGCAGAAAUUGUGAAGCCUCCUAAAACACAAACAUCAGUCAGCAGUGGACAAGAAAGCAGAAUAUACACACCAACACCUCCUUUUCCACAAAGAAUAAAAAGAAAGAAGGAAGAAGCCCACUUUGAGAAGUUCAUGGACAUAUUUAAGGAAAUUCACAUAAAUAUACCAUUAGUUGAAGCUUUGAAGCAAAUGCCAAAUUAUGUGAAAUUCUUGAAGGAUGUGCUCACCAAUAGAAGAAAGUUUGAAGAAUUCAAGGUGGUACCAUUGAAUGAAGAGUGUAGUGCAAUAUUGAAAAACAAGAUCCCGCUAAAGGAGAAAGACCCCGGUUCAUUCACAAUUCCAAUAUCAAUAGGAGGGAAGAAGCUAGGUCGAGCAUUAUGUGAUUUGGGAUCAAGCAUUAAUCUAAUGCCGCUGUCUAUUUACAAAAAGUUAGGUAUUGGUGAAGCUAGACCAACUACAGUCACUCUUCAACUAGCAGAUCGAUCUUUCACUUAUCCCGAAGGAAAGAUUGAGGACAUCUUAAUUCAAGUUGACAAAUUCAUAUUUCCUGCAGAUUUUAUCAUUUUAGAUUAUGAAGCCGAUCAUGAUGUUCCAAUUAUUUUGGGGAGGCCAUUUUUAAAGACCGGAAGAACAUUAGUCGAUGUCUACAAAGGAACCAUCACGUUAAGAAUGGGUGACCAAAAAGUUGAAUUUAACAUCAAUGACAGCAUGAAAUAUCCAGCAGUGACAGAAGAAUGCUCAGCAGUGUAUGAAUUGACAGAACAACCAGCGACCGAGGAAUGGGAUGAUGGGGAAAGCGGGCAGGAAGAAGACAGCAGCUGGAAUGACAGAAUAGAACAGUUAGCAGUUUUAGGUGAAUUCAGCAGAACUUUUGAGUCACUAGAAUGUGAGGGAAGAAAGAGUUCACCGAUGAGACCAUCUAUUGAGGAAGCGCCGCAGCUGGACUUGAAACCACUACCACCUAACCUUAAGUAUGCUUAUUUAGGUGACAAGAAGACACUACCCAUCAUCAUCUCAGCGACACUAUCCUCGACUCAAGAGGAUAUGCUCCUAGAAACAUUGAAGAAGCACAAGGGGGCGAUAGGUUGGACAUUGGCGGAUAUAAAAGGAAUUAGCCCUUCACUAUGCAUGCACAAAAUACAAUUGGAGGAAGGAAAAGUUAAGUCCAUUGAGCAACAAAGACGAUUAAAUCCCAUGAUGAAGGAGGUUGUUAGAAAGGAGAUUCUCAAAUGGCUAGAUGCUGGAAUAAUUUAUCCAAUUGCAAACAGCAGCUGAGUCAGUCCUAUUCAAUGUGUUCCGAAGAAAGGAGGGAUAACAGUAAUGGCAAAUGAGAACAAUGAGUUGAUCUCCACUAGAAUAGUGAAUGGAUGGAGAAUUUGCAUGGAUUAUAGAAGGCUAAACAAAGCGACACGUAAGGAUCAUUUUCCCUUACCAUUCAUUGAUCAAAUGCUUGAUAGGCUUGCUGGAAAGUCACAUUAUUGCUUCUUGGAUGGUUAUUCGGGAUACAAUCAAAUUACAAUCAGUCCAGAAGAUCAAGAGAAAACUACAUUCACAUGCCCAUAUGGAAUUUUUGCCUUUAGACGAAUGCCCUUUGGACUAUGUAAUGCUCCAGCGACAUUUCAACGUUGCAUGAUGGCCAUUUUUACAGAUAUGGUAGAAACAUUUAUGGAGAUAUUCAUGGAUGAUUUUUCGGUUUAUGGAGAAUCUUUUGAGACUUGUUUGUGCAAUUUAGGGAAGGUUCUACAAAGAUGUGAAGAGAAGAAUCUUGUACUGAAUUGGGAAAAAUGUCAUUUUAUGGUCAAUGAGGGAAUAGUGUUAGGCCACAAGAUCUCAAGAAGAGGAAUAGAAGUUGAUAGAGCCAAGAUAGAAGCUAUUGAAAGAUUGAAUCCACCUACGUCAGUUAAAGGUAUAAGAAGCUUUUUGGGCCAUGCAGGGUUUUAUAGGAGGUUUAUUAAAGAUUUCUCCAAGAUUGCAAAACCAUUGUGUAGUUUGUUGGAGUCAAAUAGAAAAUUCGUUUUUGACAAACAAUGCAUGACUGCCUUCCAAGCAUUAAAGACAGCGCUGACCACAACUCCUAUAAUGUCAACACCCGAUUGGAAUUCACCAUUUGAGUUGAUGUGUGAUGCUAGUGGCCAUGCUGUGGGGGCAAUGUUAGGACAGAAAAAGGGGAAGGUACUUCAUCCUAUCUAUUAUGCCAGCAAAACGUUGAAUGAGGCUCAAGUGAAUUAUACAACCACUGAAAAAGAAUUGUUGGUCGUAGUAUUCGCUGUUGAAAAGUUCAGAGCUUAUUUAUUUGGAGCGAAGGUGAAAGUGUACACUGACCACGCAGCAAUCAAGCACCUAAUGAUGAAACCGAAUGCCAAGCCAAGAUUAAUUAGAUGGAUUCUACUGUUACAAGAGUUCGAGAUAGAAAUCGUGGACACGAAAGGAGCUAAUAACCAUGUAGCGGAUCACUUAUCUAGAAUGGAGAACAUGGAAGAAAAGGUCAAUAGCAAAGAAAUUGAUGAUGCAUUUUCGGAUGAACAGCUGCUUGGGAUAAACAGCAGUAGCAGAAUGAUAGCAACUCCAUGGUAUGCAGACAUAGCAAAAUUUUUUGCUUGUGCCAUCAUACCCGAAGAGAAAAAUUAUCAACAAAGGAAGAGGUUCCAUGAAUCCAAAAGUUACAUUUGGGAUGAACCUUUUCUUUUUAAACAAUGUGGAGACGACAUAAUGAAAAGAUGCAUUCCAGACAGUGAAACCAAUGGGCAAGCAGAGGUCUCCAACAGAGAAAUUAAAAGUAUUUUGGAAAAGGUGGUACAACCCAACAGGAAAGAUUGGUCGGUGAAACUUGAUGAUGCAUUAUGGGCAUACAGGACAGCCUUCAAAACCCCUUUAGGAAUGUCUCCUUACAAGCUAGUUUUUGGGAAGGCAUGUCAUCUACCCCUGGAAUUGGAACAUAAAGCAUUUUGGGCAUUAAAGAAGUUAAAUUUUGACUAUACAACAGAUGGAGACUUGAGGCGAAUGCAACUAAAUGAAUUGGAAGAAUUCAGGUACCUAGCCUACGAAAAUGCUAAGAUGUACAAAGAAAAAACAAAAAUGUGGCAUGACAACAAAAUUAGGCCCAAAGAAUUCUACAAAGGACAAAGAGUGUUGCUAUUCAACUCAAGGCUGAAGUUAUUCCCUGGAAAAUUAAAAUCAAGAUGGUCUGGUCCGUUUAUAGUUGAAGAAGUCACUCCCUAUGGGGCAAUAACGAUAAAACAUGGAGACGAAAGGAGACCUUUCACAGUGAAUGGACAGAGACUGAAGCCAUAUUUGGGUGGAGAAGUAAAAAGAGGCAUUGCCUCUUUAAGCUUAAAAAGCUGA